GUCGUCACGUCAAACGUCUCCCUUUCUUCUUUCGUUUGUUUUUAAUUAUGACCUUUUUGUGCAAGUGCUAAUUACUUCCAUUGAUUGAAACUACGAAUUAUCUUUCUAUUGUGGGUGUAGUAACUUUGACUGACUACGCAAUAAAAUGGUAUUGUGAUUGUGUGACUGCUUGAUUUUGUGUUGUUCUCGAAACUGUUUGUUGACAAGAUGAUGAUGGACCAGGCACACUUUGGGGAGUAUUUGCUGAGGCAGCAAAUGUUGCAUGCCGCCUCGUUGAGUGGAUUGCAACACCGCGUGGGGGCGGAUGCGGAGCCACCGGCGUGCGAGGCUCGCCUGCUCAACGGCGACCUCUGGCGCCGCUUCCACGACAUCGGCACUGAAAUGAUCAUCACCAAGGGUGGGAGGCGCAUGUUCCCAUCCCUGCGCGUGUCUCUCGGAGGUCUGGACCCUCGUGAAGAGUACUGCGUGCUCCUCGAGCUUUCCCUCGUAGGGCGCCGCCGCUGGCGGUGGGCGGGAGGUGCCUGGGCGGCCGCCGGUGGCGCCGAGCCCCAGUCGCCCAGGAGACUAAUGCUGCACCCCGACUCGCCCGCCCCUGGACACCAUUGGACUGCCAACCCAGUCUCGUUCAGCAAACUGAAGCUGACGAACAAUACUAUGGAUGCGCAGGGUCAUAUGGUCCUAACAUCGAUGCACAAAUACAGGCCGCGGGUGCUGGUGGUGCGAGCUAGAGACGCGGCCGCAUUGGCGUGGGGCGCGCCGCACGCAGCCUUCUCCUUCGCGGAGACGGAGUUCAUUGCCGUCACUGCUUACCAGAACGACCGCAUCACCAAAUUAAAAAUCGACAACAACCCUUUCGCAAAAGGCUUCCGAGCAUGCGGCCAGUCCAAAUGCAAACGAAAGAACACCGACUCUAGCGGCGAUAAUGGAGAGUCAUCCAGCACAGAGUCGACUGAGGCCAAACGGCCCUGUUCCGACGCUGCCUCCUCCUGCUCCGAAGAGGGCAGUCUACGGUCGACGUCACCACGGUCUCCUCCCUUAGCAGAGUCGCCUGCACCUCUGGUAGCGCCGCCAGAAAACCUCACCCCACCUCCAGGGCCGUUCUAUCCUCCAGAGUUGUCGUACCUAGGUCCGUUGCAUAUGUCUAUGCCCCUAGGCAUGUGGCCUAGUCCGUCAAUGUCCAUGCCUGGUGGGUUCGCGUGGGGUCCCGCGCUGCCGCCGCCCCCGCCGCGCGCCCCUUCUCCCCCCGCCGCGGCCCCAGCGCCUUGCCGCCGCCUAAAAAGCUUCACAAUCAGUGCCCUCCUUGGUGAAGGCUAA